ACGGCAGCGGCGGGGCUGGCACCGGAGAGUGAGCACUGGGGGAGGGGUUCUCCCGCACGGGAACACUGCUGGAGGCCGCGCCCGGCAGUUUCAGGUUUCUGAGACAGAUUCAAAGCUACCUCCAGAGACUUGAGCUGGAUACUGAAGACGGGCAGGUUUUCAUUUUAUUCUGAGAACAGCCAGGAUCCUGUCAGGAAACAACAGCUGAAGUUCAGCAUCAUCUUCUCUUGGAGGGGCUGAGCUCCAGUGGCAGUCCAAGGCCUCUCAGUAUGGCAGCAAGGGCAUACAGAAGACAUGGAAUGAGGAAGCCAUAAUGAAAUGUUGACAGUUGCCUCUGAAUACACACUAACCAAAGGAAUAAGAAACUCUUGAACUGUUGGAUCACAUUAAGUGAAGUGGGCGGCAUGGCUCAGGCGAGUCUCCUAGCCUGUGAGGGCCUUGCAGGUGUGAGUUUGGUCCCCACGGCAGCCAGCAAGAAGAUGAUGCUGAGCCAGAUUGCCAGCAAACAGGCAGAGAACGGGGAGCGAACGGGCAACCCAGAGGUGCUGAGGUGCUCAGGCCAGGGUCAUCGAAAAGAUGGAGAAAAGUCACGAAACCGAAAAGAUGACAGCACUGCAGCUGAAGCUCCUCCACCGAAAAAAGUUAAAAAGAUGGUGGUUGUGGAGCAGAAUGGCUCUUUUCAAGUAAAGAGCCAAAAAAACUUUAUUUGUGAGCAGUGUUUUGGAGCCUUUAGAAGUAGUUAUCACCUCAAGAGGCACAUCCUCAUUCACACAGGGGAGAAGCCAUUUGAAUGUGAUGUAUGUGAUAUGCGAUUCAUUCAGAAGUACCAUCUGGAGCGCCACAAACGUGUGCACAGUGGGGAGAAACCCUACCAGUGUGAACGAUGUCAGCAGAGCUUUUCCCGGACAGAUCGUUUGCUCAGACACAAACGGAUGUGCCAAGGGUGUCACUCCAAAACCCUUGAUGGGCAGUUUUCCCUCUAGGCCUGGGGCCCAGGGUGGUGGGAAGGAUCAGAAGAGCUUGCUGAAGAUGCUGCCCCCUCUGGUUCUGAUGGUGCCACCACCUCCCACACCUCCACAUGCCUCUUCUUUCUUCUCUUCACGGAGGAGGGGAGCAGGAGAGUCAAGAGACCUAAUCUACAUCAGGGGACAGGGCACCAGAGCCACAGCCCUGUAAACAAUCUGAGAUUUUGGUGGCUGGAGGGCUUUCUCCACCAAUUCCUGGGAGGGUUGACCAAUCUCUGAACCCUUGAUUAAGCCAUGGAAAGGGACUCAAGAUACAGGACCAAGACAGAACAGUGGAUCACACAGCCAUGAACUCCACCUGGGAGUGAAGACUGGGAAGCGGUGUGUGUGAAUGUGUGUGUAUGUAUAUGUAUACAGAGACGUAUAUAUGUACAUUUGUGUGUAUGUUUGUGUGUAUACAUAUAUAUGCAUAUGUGUAUGUAUGUAUGCAUAUAUAUAUUUAAUCCAAAAGUGAUUUCACCAGAUGAACUGUGGACAUAGAUAACAUGAAGGCAUGGUACCCCAGGGCAAAGCAGGGACCGUGAUUAUCCUGGUCAUCCCCCACAGGUGGCAUUCUGGUUGCAUUUUGCCUUCAGCGUUUACAUGCCCUGUACCUCACCUUCUCUGAGGCAGGUGAGGAGCAGAGAUGGCCGGCAGCUGAGCUUACCAUGGGCUAUGGAAAGGUCCCUGGGAGGCAAGGGCAGUUGGAUACAAGCAAGAGUGGAUAGGUAUCUCCUUUUCCCCAGUGGAGUAGCAAGAGUUGUGCCCAUGUGUGUUAAAGCAGUUUGCGAGACACAAAUACUUGAUAGGGCUGGCUCAAGUGCCUUUCGGAGGAAGCUAUGGAAGGAGGCCUGGGAAUCACCCCCUCCCUCUUCUUAGGGAUCCUAAAUCUUGAGGGUGGCUUUUAUGUAGCCUAAUUUUCUGAUUGCCUUCCCCCAUUGCCACUGAUGUCCAAAUAAAAGUGGAUGGGUUGGAAGUUCUGGGUGCCAAAAAGUGAAUCAGCACUGUGCCCUCUAAGGAGUUCAGCUAGCUGCUCUGUGUCAAUUGAGUUGGGUCACAACCUGCUGAAGAAGUAAAUGAAACUGGAGUCUGCCUCUUAUCUUACUCCUGAAGGGGGGAGGGGAACAGCUUUCCCCUGUACCUACCUACCCAAGUCCUAUCACUGUAUUGAGAUGAAGAUGGUUGCUUCCUCAUAAAGGAAAGAAUAAAGAGGCUCUUCUCCAUAGCCCUGAAUGUGGGAGGGAGCACAGGAGGCUGCUUGUACUGACUGAUGGAGCUAAUGUGGACUUUACUUUGCUCAGUACUCUAGGUUCACUUGUUUCAUGCCCCAAAGUCUGAUCUGUUAUAAGUGUUUAUCUGUGUGCAGCACCUAUGUGGAUGUCUCAGAAUAGAUGGUAAUGGCACCUCUUCUGUCCUAAACCCAAAGGGUUCUUGGGAAACUGAUUAGCAUCUAUGUGAUUUCAGGGGAUUUGUAUAGUGAGGAUUUUGUUAUUUAACAAACUGAGGGCUCUGGUAUUUCUGGCCUGAGUUGAGUGAGAGCUAGAGAUUCUUGAACAAUGUUACUUUGGAAAAAAAUCACUCCUUCCCGUAAGGCAAAAGGUGUAAGGGAUUUUUUUGGGAGGUGCGGCAGUGUCUCUCCCCAUCAUCUUAGACUGGAAAGUUGGGUCAGUUAACUGUGUCUUGUGAGUAGGGUAGGAUAGUAGGAGGCAGGACUAGAUGAGAGCAGGGCUGGAAGUUUGUGUUCCCAUUAGUCCUAAAGCUGGUGAGUGGGGGUGGGGCAGCACACUUGUGGCCAUUCCCUAUUGACAGGCAGUGGGGGCCAGAGGGAGAAGGAAGCAGUCCUGCUUGUCUGAAAGGGGAGUUCUCAAAGUCAGAAAGGGAUCCUUGGCUCUUGGAUUCUGCACUUGACAGGAACUGAGAUUUUGCUCAGUCCUCCCAGUUUUAUUUUCACACCCAUUUCCCUUGGUCUGAAUUCUAUGCAUUCUCCCUCCCCUGAGCAGUGAAUGAUCCCUGGAGGGGGAGUCUUAAUGAAUUUCAGCCAGCUUCCUGGGUGUUUGGGAGGUGAAUCCUGGUUGCUGGGUCUAGGGUUUCCUUAAAUGUCAACAAUGAGGAGUCUUAGGAAAAGCAAAGAUGGAUUUAGAAAGAUAAACCACAAACAGCUCUUAAAAACCGGGAAGGCUUAUUCCCACCCCCUUGCAAGACUAAUUUUUUUUGGGGGGGAAUCAGGGGGGUUUUAUGGGGGGGGGGUAAAGAGUGGGAAAUCAUGUGAAUAGGUCGUGUGCUGAUUCUAAGUCAGAUUACUGCUUCAGCUUUUGCCAGAGCAGCUGAAGAAAUGGGAGGGAGCUAAUGAGUGUAAUAAGGGACCAGGCCAAGACAGCUCACAGCCAUCACUGGCAUGUAGGGGAAGCCUGUGGCUAAUUCUGUUGCGAUGGGUGCUAAGACUUGAGAGGAAGGGGUGCUGCACACCUACCUGGCCAGGCCUAGGAGCCUCAUCUAGUGGAAGAAACCACAGUAGAUUUCAAGGACUCCUGGAUUGAAUCCUUCCCACCCUCCUUGGUGCUGCAGACGCUACAGCUGGGAGGAAGGGAAGAUGAGCCAGUUUAUAGGGGAGUUGCUACACCAAUGUAGCAUUUACCCAAUACCUAUAUCUCCUCCAGCCUUUGCCCUUCCUUUGUCCACCCUGGCAUUGGAGGGUCAUAGAGACCCCCUUACCAGCCCACUGUGGCUGUUUAGCUACUGAUAAUGCUCCUAGGCUUGGUAGCCAGAGGGGUGGUAGUCUCCCUGGCCCCCUGUUCCUAAGUCCUUCCCACCAUCCUACACAGGCCUUGGAGCUUUUAUUUUCAUCAUCCCCUUCACCCUCUCACCCUUCCCCCCUUUUUUUUAAUACACUUAUUUUGCUAUUGGGGGGCGGGAAGGGAGUAACAGAUGGACAAGAAAUUUUAAAUGGUAGUUUUUAUAAGAUGUUAUAAACUUGUAUCUUUUUACCAUUCAAAGUGCAGUGUAUGUUCCUUUGUGACAUAUUUAGAAUAUUUAAAUAAAAUGGGGGUUUUCUACA